GAAAAUUUGAUUUUGUUUUUACUUAACAGAAAUCCACGUGCGUCAAAAACCCUAAUCCCAAACUCUGUCAAAUUUUUGAAACAAACCCCCCAACUCUCCGUCGCUCUCAAAAAUGUCAAAAACCCUAAUCCCCCACGGAAGAUCCCUCCUCCGUCGUCUCAACGAGCUGACGUUGAGGACAACGACGGCGCCAAACCUCGAAUGUUUCAACCGCCGUGCCUAUGCAUCAAAACCGCACCACACCGAAAUCGACCUCGAUCCGACCUCUAAAGCUGAAGCCGAACGCAAGAGCCUGAACGAGUAUUUUCAGAAGAUCGCCGUUAAGAAGUCGACUCCUGAUUGGCUCCCUUUCGCACCAGGCUCCUCUUUCUGGGUCCCCCCGCAUCAGAAAACAGCCGCGAAGGUGGCUUAUAUGAUGAACAUGGUGACGAAUCCGUUGACGAAGGAGGAAGCUUUCUCUCUGUCGUCUUCUUCUGGCUGGCCCUGUUCCUCUUUCUUCAUUCCUCCAAAUGAUGAGAAGGUAGAAGGUAGCAUGGAGUUGAACAUUCCGGGGGAGCUAGCUCAUAUUCUAAAUCCCAUUUAUUCAUUUAAACAUGUCGACGAUGAAGAGUGAUUUUACAAGUUCUAGCUCGGUGAUCAAGUCCAUUUCCUGAUGCGUGGAAAGACAGAUGAUUCCCCGAGACUGAUGAGGUUAAGUAUUUGUAAAUACAGUAGCAAACCAUGGAGUUCUAUGGUGGGUGUUUGGCCUGUCUUUGUGAACUUUAUUUAUAAAGCAAUGAAUCUUCAUUAACUGCUAAUAAAAGCUGGUCGGAUUGGUACUUACCUGCACUACAUGGUUUCAUCGUGAAUGAUUAUUCUGAUCAAACUCAGAUGAGUUUGCAUAUGUUACAAGAUUGAUUCAUAAGAAUCUGUCACUACAAUAAACAGGACAAUACAUCUUUACCUUUG